AAAACGUAAAAGACUAAAACAAAUAUGAGGUUUGUUCCCUUGAAAACUUACUAGAGAAGUUGGUGGAUGUAGGGAUUGACACACAAUGCCAAUUGAUUAGUCGAUUGAUUUGUCUAGUGUUAAUGCUGCUCGUUUCAACAGCUACUACGAAGAGAACCUUUUCAACAAUGAAAUAAGUGAGAACUGAUUUGCUCAACAAAAUGAGCGAUUAAUUUCUUGCCGAUUGCUCAAGUAUUUUAUUUGAAACAGUGUAUACUAUUGGUAUGGAUGUAGGCUCCAUUAUUGAUGCGUCACUAAAUUAAAAUACCAUCGUGUACAAUUUACAUUGGAAAAAAACUAUAGUCAUUAUAUUUUUUUACUAUUCAAUUUUCUAAUGAAACUCGGCCCAGUGCUCUUCUGUGUUCUGGAUCCGCCGCUGCUCUCGACUGUUCCACGCCAUCAUGCUCAACUGCUUCUUAAGGGCAGGCUUCAGACUCUCCAAAUAGUGGGCACGUUCAGAUGCCGCAUCCCGAAACUGGGGUCCCCCGUAGGGCAGCAGCUUCUCGAACCUGGAGGUGUACUCUGCAACACCCUCCUGGCCUGAAAUCUGCCUUCAACUCCUUCACUAUCGAUAGAUUUCAAGUUAUAACUUUCAACCAUCAACGUAUUUACCAAGUUUCAUCAGCCAUUUUAUAAUUUUACGAGACACACCAGUAUUUCUCUUAUGCCGAGAUAGAAUAUCACUUAAAUUGAUCCCACUCAUAAAUGAAUAUCCAUCUCAUCAAUUUGUAAACUCUUAUACUCCAAAAAAAAAAAAAAAAAAAACGAGAUGAGUGCUAGAAUGACUGUAUUGUCUUUCUAGUUCAAGAAAUUGAUAGCACAGAAGGUGAGAUCCCGUAGAAUCUUUCUAUUUUUCGGUUUGAGUAAGUCCCAUGAAUUAUUACAGUCUGUGGCUAGUGCAAUGCCGUUUGUUUGUAAUGUUGUAUUUAUUUACGUAUGGAUGUAUAUUAUAUGUAUAGACCCUACAAAUAUAGUGUACAUAUAUGCACAAUUCAUUUGGUGUUAGUGGUUUUCAUCUUUUCUCACAUGUUGUGUAUACUACAUACAAAAUGAUCAUAUAUAUACCACUUGCAAAAUAAGUAAAUACUUAAUUGCAUAUCAAGCAAAAACUUAAUGUAACCAUUGCAGCAUAUAUAAAGAAAAUAUUUAGCCAUUGUAUCAUAAGGAAAUCAAUUGAAUUACGAAAGACAUUAGUUUCCUUGGCCAUAACUUUUUAAUCUUUCUUUCACAGAGCCAUUGCCCCAUUUUCAUGACCUAGUUUCUUCGCUGCCGAAACUCCAAUUCCAACCCAAUCAUCACUUUGACUCCGUCCAGCGAGACCAAAAUGGUCCAAAUCCAAUACACCCUACUCGACAACAUGGAAUAGAGGCUUCAGAUCAGAGUUGCGGACACGAUGACGCCAACAUUUUCUACUGCUUUGACAAACCUUACACCAUCAUCUAUUUAUUCCAUCUCAACGAAUUGCAAGUCGACUUGACAGAGACAGCGUGAGUUCAAAGCGGUGCCAUCUUGGAGAGCCUUAAUGGGCGAUUGAGAAACAGAGCACCCACCUUGCGUUCCACUGUGGGAGACGGCGACCACUUUGCCGGGUGCGGUACUCUGGUUACCGCCGAUAAUGUGAUCCAUGCCUAUUGAUGGAUGCUCCCAGCAAGAUUCUGAAGGGAAAGGCCGUAGGGGAAGAGAUUUUUUGGGCGAUUAGAGAGGUGAUGGACCGAUUAAGCUUUGGAAUUGUGUGUUUGUGACUUUUUGUUGGGUUGGGGGCUGAGAUUAGUCAUAGUUCCCAACAAACUGGCGCUCUUUACUAUUUCAAAUACGCUGGAGGAAGGGACAAACAAGCUAAUCCUUAUGUGGCAGUGAUUCGCACACGACAUGGACACAAAUUUGUUCGUCCAGAUUUAUAUUCUCACUUGAUGGAUACAAAAAGGAGAAGGCUGAUUCUGAGUUCCUAUAUAUGUUCCUUGAAAAUGAUUGAUAUGGUUAUCCCAUUGAUGAACAACAGGUUUCUAGAAUUGGGCCUACUGGAUUGCAGGGAGGGAGUUGGGUCGCUGUGUUGGACACAAGGAACAAUUGGAUAUUUGGAUGGAAUGCUAGAAGUAGCAAUUUAACUUUUCGUUGUGGACUUAAAACUGGAUGUCUCAAAGGUACAAUUUGAAGAAAAAGGGUACGGUAAUUUGUAUAAUGAAUAGUUAAAUGAUUGAUUAAAGCAUAACUAGUGAUAAAAAUUGUUUGGGUACUGAAACGUACACAACCAAUAAUUAUUGGCUAUAAUUGUAAGUUUAAUUAUCAUUAAUAGUUAAUUUAAUUAAAAAUAAAUUUUUAGGUGUGAAAACAGGCGUAUAUAGGGAUGGUAAUGGGUCGGAUCGGGGACGGAUAGUGCAUAUCCAUUACCACGGGCGGACCCACGGGUGUUUGGGGGUGUCCCGGGACACCCCUAAAUUUUGGGAAAAUGAUUAUACAACCCCCAGUGGUAAUUUACGUAUUGACAAAACAAUUGUAAUUGAUAGUCGGGACACCCCUGAAAUUUAAAAUAGUGAUUAUCCUACUCUCAUCUUUUAGUUUGAGUAUGAGAAUAUAAGUGAUAGUUUGGGUAAUUCAAACCUAGACACUUUUACUAUUAAUAAACAUAAUUUCCAUUAGGCUACAACUCAUAUGUUAUUCGAUUUUAAACACUGUGUAAUAGUAAAGUCUCAUUCUCUAUCUCUAAUUAUUUUCAAAAAUCUAACAAUUAAACAAAUUUCAAGCUACCCUUAAUUUUUAUUGAUUUUAUUGUUGUACGACAAGUGUUGAAAGAGUCUUUUCACCUUUGGAUUACAUCAAGAACAAGUUUAGAAAUAGAAUAUGUGAUCAAUUCGUGAAUGAUUGUCUAAUAUGAUAUACAGAGACAAUUUUUUGAAUAGUGUAGACCCCAAGUGUGUUCUACAAUCAUUUUCGAAUAUGAAAACACAUCUUGAAUUUUUUCAGGUUGUACGAGUAAGGUAUUUCUUAUUUAAAUAUUUUUUAUUAAUUAUUUUAGAAUUAUUUGUAUGUAAUUUAUUUUCUAAAAGAGGACACCCCUAUGUAAAAUUUCUGGGUCUGCCACUGUCCGUUACCCUACCCAAAGUAGUUCGUGUUUUAUCCAUACCCAUACCCACAUAAGAAACGGGUAGAAAAUCAAAACCAUGCCGAUACUCGUUCGGGUUUCGGGUAUCCACAGUUAUCCAUGGGUAAUAGUUUCUCAUUUUCACUCUAACCAAUAUGUUAAUAUUCACAUGUAUUCUCACAUUAUGUAAGACAAAAAGUAGGAUAAUUCACUAGAAUUAAGAAAAUGCAUUAAAACAACACAAUUUCAUGAACAUAUUAUAUUUAUAUGCUAAAUAUAAAAUAUUUCAUAGAACAAUAAUGAUUAUUUCUAGACAAAAUACAUAUGCAUGUGUAUAUCUGGUGGGUUCGGGUUGGAUAGUGAGAAAACCACACAUUACCCACAAUAUUCGGGUUCGGGUUUUACCAGUACCCGCAAAAUUCCUUCGCGUUCGGGUUUACCCUACCCGGCAAGGUUAGAUUCGGACGGAUAUCCAAGGUCAUAGAUAUCUUUGCCAUCCCUAGGUGUAUAGCGUACGCCACGUGUAUGCUAGCCGUUGUCAAAUAUAUAUAUACCAAGGUUUCACUCAUUAAAUGUUAGGGUGGUAUAGUAUCAGCAGUGGCGGAUACAUGGGCCUUUAGGGGUGUCCCGGGACAUAUAGGUGUCAAUCGGGCGGGUUCGGGCUGGGUUCAAUCGGGUUGCGGGUUAGUUGGGUUUUGGGUUCGGGUUCAAACGGGUUGCGGGUUCAUCGGGUUAGGGUUCAAUUGGGUUGCGGGCAAAUCGGGUUCGGGUCCAUCGGGUUUUGGGUCGGGCAGGUUGCGGGGGGGUCGGGUUACGAGUUGUUCGGAUCAGCGCAUCGAGUAACUUACUCCUUACUCGUUACCAACUUACACAUUUUAUUACACUAAUUUAAAAUAUUUUUCUCAAUUUUUAACCAAUUUCUUUCUACCUCGUAUAUAUACUUAAUUAAAAAAAUAGUCAAAAUGUUGAAUCAAUUUGUAUGACUUGCAAAUUGUUAUGUAAUUAAUCGUAAUUGGUAAAGUACACUAGCUAAUAGUAAUGGUGAUAUCAACAUUUGCAACCAAAAGACACCAUUAAUUGUUUAUUUGGUAUUUUAGUAUUAUUUCAGUAGUAAUUGGAUUAAAGUAUCUUGUUUAGUAUAACCAUGCAAAUCGGGUAUUUGGCGUGUGGUAUUUGGCAAAAGCAGAGUUGUAGAAUGAGUUAUUUCGAAAUAACUCAUUGCCCAAAUAACUUCAGUAAACUGUUGCCUAAUGAGUUAUUUGUAAAAUUAUUCGAAUUACCCUAAAAAUUGAACCAUUAAAGAUUAACUAUCAAA